AUGGAGACGUCCUCCUCUGGUCCUCCUAUAGUCCUCCUUUGGUCCUCCUAUAGUCCUCCUCUGGUCCUCCUAUUGUCCUCCUAUAGUCCUCCUCUGGUCCUCCUAUUGUCCUCCUCUGGUCCUCCUAUAGUCAUCCUUUGGUCCUCCUAUAGUCCUCCUCUGUCCUCCUCUGGUCCUCCUAUAGUCCUCCUUUGGUCCUCCUAUAGUCCUCCUCUGGUCCUCCUAUUGUCCUCCUAUAGUCCUCCUCUGGUCCUCCUAUUGUCCUCCUCUGGUCCUCCUAUUGUCCUCCUCUGGUCCUCCUAUAGUCCUCCUUUGUCCUCCUUUGGUCCUCCUAUAGUCCUCCUCUGGUCCUCCUAUAGUCCUCCUAUAGUCCUCCUCUGGUCCUCCUAUUGUCCUCCUCUGUCAUCCUUUGGUCCUCCUAUAGUCCUCCUCUGGUCCUCCUAUAGUCCUCCUCUGGUCCUCCUAUUGUCCUCCUCUGGUCCUCCUAUAGUCCUCCUCUGGUCCUCCUAUAGUCAUCCUUUGUCCUCCUCUGGUCCUCCUAUAGUCCUCCUCUCGUCCUCCUCUCGUCCUCCUCUUGUCCUCUCGUCCUCCUCUGGUCCUCCUAUAGUCCUCUUCUGGUCCUCCUAUAGUCCUCUGUCCUCCUCUCGUCCUCCUAUAGUCCUCUUCUGGUCCUCCUAUAGUCCUCUGGUCCUCCUCUUGUCCUCCUUUGGUCCUCCUCUGUCCUCCUUUGGUCCUCCUCUGGUCCUCUUCUGGUCCUCCUACAGUCCUCCACUGGUCCUCUGGUCCUCCUAUAGUCCUCCUCUGUCCUCCUCUGGUCCUCCUAUAGUCCUCUUCUGGUCCUCCUAUAGUCCUCCUCUAGUCCUCUGGUCCUCCUCUAGUUCUCCUCUGGUCCUCUUUUGGUCCUACUCUAAUCCUGCUCUAGUCCUCUGGUCCUCCUUUGGUCCUCCAGGCCCUCCUCUAAUCCUGCUCUAG